CGAUCAUGAUUGAAUCUGAAGUUUUCAUUCAAAGAGGCAAUGACGUAGACAAGGGCGUUACCAGGAGUCGAUUCUAUACAAAUGGCGCAGUGCCGGACGAUGCGCGCGAGAGUUGAAUAGGUACCGUAGCACAAUCGAUUGGACAAAGUCAAUCAUAUGAGCGGGCAGGUCGCGGCGACCGUGAAUUUAGCCGAGCGUCCCGAGCAAAUCAGUGGGACCCUGCCUCGCGCGCUGUCAACUUCCUGCAUCGCGUCUUUCCGACCUCUUUAACUCCCGUGUUGCAAAGUGUACUUUGUGAUUUCAUGACACGAUUGUAAGCCCGACGCGUAUGCGUCUCCAAUGUGACUAAGACGCGACCCAGGAUUGUGUCACAAUGUAGAGCUGUCGACUCGGCAAAGGAAAAUGAAAGAGGGCGGUCGCGAGGAGGAGCCGACCAACGCGGCGGACACCGCGCACGCGGCACCGAGCAUGCGGACAGAACACACCUGUUGCUGCCUCGGCGUGUUGGUGGGCGUCUCGCUCAUCGCCGCCCUCGUAGCUGUGAUCCUGAUGAAGGACACAACAGUCGAAAUAACUGUACUUCGGCAGGUUCAUGUGUUACUAUCGCACGGCGAGCGUACACCCAGUGAACACGAGUUAGCGAUGUUGGGGGCUGACCCGCCGGAUCACGUGUUCGCGCCCUAUGGGGCCGGGGCUAUGACCAAUGAAGGCAAAGAGCUGGCUUUCGAAAUGGGCGUAUUACUUAGGAAAAGAUAUAAUGACUUCUUGGGCCUUUAUUAUCAACCCGAGACGAGUGUCGUGAUAGCUUCGGAUACAAAUUUAAGCAAGAUGACGGCUCUUUUAAUAUCAGCGGGGUUGUGGCCGCCGCCUGCGAAGCAAAUGUGGAAUGACACCGUGGAAUGGCAGCCCGUGCCCUACACUUAUCCACCAAGGAAAGAAGACUUACUUUUAUAUCAAGAGAACUGCCCUCGUUAUAAUCAGGAGAAGAAAAGAAUACUUCGAGCGUUCAUAGACGAGGGCCUUUUGUUACCAUAUAAAGAUCUAUUUCAUAAGAUCGCCCAAAUGACCAACACGAACUUCAGCACUCCCGAGGAAGCGUUUUAUCUUAGCAAUCUAUUUCUCAUACAGGACGAUAUUAGAGUGGCGAACCCAAAGUGGGCAAAACACGUGAAGAGAAAACUGAUGGAUGUCGCCAGGCUGGAGUUCUCAAUGAUGUUCCAUAACAAUUUAUUGAAAAAACUUAGUGGAGGUGCGCUACUACAACAGAUAAUACAAGAAGCAAUUUCGAACACAAUCGACCCGUCAAGUCCGCGGGUGAUCGUACGCACAGGUACGCCGGUUUCCGUAGCAGCGUUAUUGUCUGCCUGUGUAGAGCCCCCACCGCGCCUACCGGAUCCUGGUGUAGCAAUAUUAUUUGAGCUCCAUGAAAAGCUUCCGUCUCAGAAAGAACAGAAGAUAAAUGAUGGACAGCGGUUUGGAUUAAAGAUAUACUACUGGGAUGACGAUUCAGCGGAACCUAAAUUAAUGGAGGUUCCGGGCUGCGACGCGUUUUGUCCCAUGGAGACGUUCAAAGAACUCACAAAGUACACUGUGUCGUAUAAUUAUAAGAAAGACUGUAAAUUGGUUCCUUAGACGUAGGGUCGGUGUGAUACUUUGAUUAUACUGAAUCGAAAGAACAAGGCUGUGGUUAAUUUUGUAAAGAACGGAAGUCUGCGGAAGGAAUAAAGUUAACGUAUUGUGUAUAAUGAAGUUUUAAUAUAAACUAUUUAUCAUGUAUGCCACAGCUGGAGCUAUAUGAAUAGUCAUAAUUAUAAACUGUGAACACUCUUUCUUGUAAAUUGUAUAUUACGUCGUUUACACAGCGUUUUAAUUUGACAGAACUAAAGUGACACUUUGUAUAGCUUUGUGUGGCUAAGUAUGCUGUGUAUAAAUAGUCGUAGGUAUUUAGAUGAAAUAUAAC